AUGUCCGGAAUGAUGACCAACAUCAGAGCCAAGGUCAAGCGACGAUUUUCCCACAAAGAUGCUGAACCCGACUUCGAUGACCCAGAUGCCUCCGCAGAUGAGGAGACUCACUCCUAUGUCAGCAAAGAAGUCGAAACCGCUGAGAAAGAAGGUGACAAGUACCCAAUGGGCCGACCAAACAGCUUUCUCAACCGCAUGAUCAGCCAUGGCAACAAGAAAACUGAGGACGAGAUUGCUGGAGAAAUGCGUGCGGCUGAGCAGCGAAACCACGGCGCGGGUAUGGGAGGAGUCGGUAGUGGCACGGGCAUUGGCAGUAGCACUGGCACCGGAAUUGGAUCUGGACUCGGUGCUAGCAGCGGCACUGGACAAACCACCAACACUACCCAGAGAACCGUUCCAACCAGCCGUUAG